CGCUCUUGAAAAUCUUCAGCCUCUGGAAUCUUCGCCGCGCUUCAUCCCUUCGAAUCUCGCGCUUCAUCCCUUCGAAUCUCUGAAGCAACCUUGGUGUUUGAAGAUGCCGAAAGAUCAGAGGGUGAAUUCAUUGUCAAUCAACCGGGCUAGGGCAUCUCCUUAUCCAUGCAGCUUAAGAGAUACUGGCUCCAAGGCUGAAAGCUCUUUGCCAAAUGUAGGGGAUGAGAAAGAGUGGGAGGAAGCUAGGUGCCCAAUAUGUAUGGAGCACCCACACAAUGCUGUCUUAUUACUCUGUUCCUCUCUUGAAAAGGGUUGUAGGCCUUACAUCUGCGACACAAGCUACCGCCAUUCAAAUUGUCUCGACCAAUUUUGUAAGUCAUCUGCUGCGGAACAAUCAAUACCUAUCCCAGUAGCGAAUACCACAUCGGGGACAGCUUUUCAUAGAGGUAGAAAGUAUGCACAGUUCAGGUCUCUAGGGGGGAAACAACUUGUUUGCCCUCUUUGCCGGGGCCAGAUUGAAGGAUGUGUUGUUGUGGAGUCUGCUCGGGCAGUUAUGGAUUCAAAGCCAAGGAGUUGUUCACUGGAGACGUGCGAUUUCACUGGUACAUAUAUUGAACUGAGAAAGCAUGCUAGAAACGAACACCCCUCUUUCCGUCCAUCGGUGGCUGACCCUAGGCGAGAGUCUGAGUGGAGGAGGUUGCAGGUCCAAAGGGACUUUGGGGAUACUCUUAGUGCAUAUCAAACACAGUUUGGCGAUGACUUGGGUGAAGCAGACAUUCUAACUGAUUUCCCCCUUGAUGGGGGUGUAUUCGAUGUCCUUGAUGGAGUCCACUCACAGGCUGAAGAUGAAUGGAGUGAUGACAAUGAUUUCACAAUGGAUUUUGAAGUUGAAUUCUCCUUUUCUUUUCUGGGUGAUGCUGGAUAUGAUUCUAUGGGGUGGUUGGAUCCUGUUCGUGAAUUUAUUGUUGCUAGACCAAUUGAAACAAGGUCUAGAAGAUCAACAGCGACUUCAAAUUAUUCCAGGGAAGGUUUGGAUGCUGAUACUGAAAGGAUUAUUAUUGCUAGUCCACCUGAAACAAGAUCGAGAAGAUCAACAGCGACUUCAAAUUAUUACAGCGAAGGCUUGGAUGCUGCUGAUAGUCAAAGGACUAUUGCUAGUCCUAGUCCACCUGAAGCAAGAUCGAGAAGAUCAUUACCGACUUCAAAUUUUCACAGGGAAGGUGAAAGGUUUACUGCUAGACAACCUGAAACAAGAUCGAGAAGAUCAUUAGCGACUUCAAAUUUUUACAGACAAGGUUCAGAUGCUGAUAGUAGGACUAUUGCAAGUCCACCUGGACCAAGGUCGAGAAGAUCAUUAGCGACUUCAACUUCUUACAGGGAUGGUUCCAGCUCUAGACGAAGCACAGACAGACUGCUUGACAGUAGGUCUAGGAAUUACCAUAGCGAUGGUUUUGCCUCCAGACAGAGCACGGAUCGAUCAUCAAGGCGCCGCAACAGCAGCAGAUCUAGGUCACAGCGAUGGCAUCGAUGAUUAUGAAACUGAAAGAUUGUAGGGGUUUUCGGCCUUAUGUUUGCUUUUAUUAUGGACUAGUGCUCCUUGAUAAUUCAUGUUCUCAUACAUAAAAUUAUCAUUUAUAUUUUCUGGUUAAAGCUCCCAAUUUAAUUAAAACUGUUGCAUUUCAGUAGUACAGAAAUAAAAUUAGUAGAACUUGAGAACUUAGCGGAAUGGCUCGUGUGAUGUGUAAUCACUCUCCGUUUACUGAA